UAAGCUUACUAGUUUGCUUUCUAAUACAACGCUGCUCAUACUAAUAGACAAAUAUUAUGGUCUAGUUCUCAGUAUCAUUCACCAGCUUUACAAUUCUUCUAACAAUUGCUUGCUAAAGUCAAGUGCUUUUUAAUACUUCUUGCUGAUAAUAAGUCAAAUAACAUCGCAUGUUAUCAAAGCAAGAAGCGUUUUGUCUUUUCUUUUACAUACUCUAGUAUUGACCAAAAAAAAAAUCUUCUGACUCCAUUGUUGAGAUAACAGAAACUUGUGGAGUGACGUUUCUCGACACCCAGGUUUUACGUUGAAAUUUCAGGCCCAGGUUCAAAGUUGAAACUACUCCCCCUUCACUGCAUGAUUUAUCUAACACCAACCUGGCCUUUGUAACGAAAUAUACUAGCUGCGUCCUACUUGCUGAUUGGUAGAGGGUUUCAUUUUUUGAGUGUGUGUGUGUUUGUGUCGCGUUGUAUUAAUGUCGACUAGAGAGGUUACAGUCACAGCUGCUUUAAUCUCCCCGUCCUCACCUAACAGCGACGUCCAGGAACCUGCUGUCAGACCGUCUUCACUGCCUUCUAUCGCAUCAGGAGUAUCUACAGCCUCUUUGCAUCCGACGGCCUCAUCAUCCAGGGAUAACCUUUCCGAAAGAGAGCCCGGAAGCAGGAGGCAUCCGGCGGGCGGGGAAGCAGGCCACCGCAAGCCUAGACUUGCAGAAUUCGACCCCGAACUUGAGCCCAGGCUCCAACUGGUCAAGGUCACAUCACCCAAAGACUCCAGCGCCAUGCCAGACUCCGGCAAGCAGCAGAAAACAGCGACAAGCAUGGAGGAUAUCUCCAGCCUCCGCCUCUGGAAGGGCAUCGUCGCCGAGUUCGUGGGAACGCUCCUGCUCACCCUCGUCGGAUGCGGCUCUUGUAUCAAUCUUCGAGGGGCGGCAAACACGACCUCCAACGUCGUCCAGAUUGCACUGUGUUUCGGACUUAGCGUGGCGACCAUUGUGUGGAGCAUCGCCCACGUCUCUGGAGGGCACAUCAAUCCAGCGGUCACUAUGGCUAUGUUGGCUGCCAGAAAGAUCAGCCUGGCUAAGGCAGUGUUUUUCGUUUUAUUCCAGCUGAUUGGUGCGGUUGUAGGUGCGGGAAUACUCCUUGGAUUAACGCCAGAAAAGGACCAAAGUGCCUUGGGCAUGACCUUGGUGCACGAAAAGAUUUCAGUAGGUCAAGCUGUUGGCGUGGAGCUGUUUAUUACUUUCGUCCUCGUCUUUACUGUGUUCGCCUCCUGUGACAACAAGAGGAAAGAUCUGAAUGGCUCGGCGCCCCUGGCUAUCGGCCUCUCUGUCACCAUGUGCCACCUCUGGGCGAUCGAUUACACAGGAUCAAGUAUGAAUACAGCCAGAAGUUUUGGUCCAGCCCUUGUGAUGGGAACAUGGGACAAUCAUUGGGUGUACUGGGUAGGCCCCAUCAUCGGAGGUGCACUAGCUGCAGCCUUAUAUGAGUACUCGCCUCUAUUGUAUUAUAAAUGUCUACUGGGUCGGACCAAUUUUAGGAGGGGUGGGGGCGGGCGUUCUUUACGAGCACCUCUUUGCAGUGAACGCGAGUCUGGACAAGGCGAAGGCGUGUCUUCUGUCUAGUGAUUACGACGACGCCAAGUACAAGGCCAAGAAAUAUAAGGUUCGUGUGAUCGAGGAGGAUCCAAAUGAAGAGGAGUUAGCAGAGACAGAGACAAUGACAGAGAAAGGGAAGAAGUUUGGCUCUACUUCCAAUGUUUGAAAGACCUGAAACAUGGGCAACCUGUACAUAGGUCACUAGGUUGUCAUGUCCAAGAUGUACAUAGGUCACUAGGUUGUUUACUUCAUGUCUAGCUGUGUAGGUCAUGUGUCACUUGGUCAUUUUGUUCAUCAAGUCAUUCAUUGUCUGUGUAUAUUCAUAGUCAUAUAUCACUAAGUCAUUCAUUGUCUGUGUAUAUUCAUAGUCAUAUAUCACUAAGUCAUUUUAAUAAAUUACACUAAGUCAGUCAUUGUGUGUCAGGUCCACUUAGUCAUUUCUUUCAGUAAGGAUUAGAAAUGUGUGUGUGUGUAUGUGUGUGCAUCUAUAUGUGUGUGUAUCUCUACAGGUUACUGUGACUAGUAAGGUCACUCACUCAAUAAUGUAUUGUAACAGUAUAUGUCCAUCAUGAAGCCCUAUGUAUUCUCAUCACUUGAAAAGAGUAUUCACAUUUUGUGUAUGAAACAUGGCAUUGAAACCAUUCACCUUCAUGUUGAUGUUGAUCCCUUUUAUAAUAAUUGAUUUCUAAUUUCUUGGUUCUUGACACUUUAUAUUUUCUUUUCUUUUUAAUUGAAUUUAUUUAAGAUCAAUUUAGAAUUUGUUUUUUAGGUCAAUGUAAUAUAGACCAAAAUAUAACAAAGAUAAAACAAUUUAUGAUCUAGUAAAAGUUGGCAAUGGUUAUUGAUUUUUAGAAGAAUAAUAUUUUAUUUUUAAAUUGAAUUUUGGCAAAUAUUCAAUAGAAUUUUGAACAAAUAGUUUGAAUUUCUUAGCAAUUUUAUCUUCUUAUCCAAUCCUCUGUUGUUGUUUGUGUAGAAUGUUAUCAGAUUACUACAAAGUAUUGUUUUACAUAUUUUUGUUUUUUAUUUAUUUGUUACAUUUCUUUUACAAUUGAUCAACUGUAAUAAUUAUUUAAUGUUUAAAUGUUAUCGCUGACACCAAAUAUUGAGUCACUUUAUAUUUAAUUUAUUUCAAACUUUAUAUUUGUGUAUGCUUUAAAGAGUAGCCUAGAGUGUAAUAAGAAUUUGACCUAGUGUCAGUAGCCUAGUUUAGUAAUGACUCAGAAUAUUUGACACCACUUAAGCAUUUAGUGAAAGAUGCCAAUAGUUUAUUAAAAUGUAACUUUCCUGUCAGCACAAUUUAUAUGUGGUCACAUAGGACCAUAAAGACAUAUAGUUUACCAAAUUGUCAUCAAAGCAUUAUAUUUAAACCUAAAUGUAAACAUUGCAUUUCAUUUAUAUCACCACUGAAUCUUCAACAUUAUAUUAAGUAGGCGUUAUAUAAUAUGAGUGUGUAGGUCAUUACUGGGUCUACAUAGCCAUGUAAUGUACUGCAUUAUUAUUAGAUCAUGAAGAAAAAACCUGAAUAUUACAUUUAUGUAUUUAAGUUUUAGAUACUAUUAACAAGACUGAAUAUCUUUGAACACAAAGUAUAAAUUAAAAAAUAAUACCAUUUUCCCAUUAGUAUCUUUAAGCAAAUAAUCGACAUGAUAUAAAUUUGUUGACUUCUAGUUUGACACAGGGGGACUUUUAAACAAUACUGACUCUUGUGUAAUACUGAAAGUAUUAAUAAUAGAAACAAAACAUUUUGAAUCUACAUUUUCAAAACUUAAAAUGCCUCUGAAGAUUAUUUGCCAUUUUUAUUUCAUCAUAUUUUUGUUAUAAACUUUUUAUCUCAAUGUUUAAUAUUACAUUUUAAGACUGCACAAUUUACAUCAUUUCCUGUAUCUCUAUCAAAGUAAGUAAACAUAUCAAGUGUUUCUACAUGGAGUUCAAUCACUGAGACUGUCUGCUGUUGUAUGAACUUAGCUGUCUCCAGGUAUAAGUGUGGCACAGUUGCUUUUACACAUUUUAUUUGAACUACACACUAAUGCUGUAUGAGCACACCAGCAACACAUUUGUAUGAGAUUUUCCUGAAGAGUCGCAACUACUCCUCACUACUUCCCACUAGUCCCCACAGCCAGUAAAGGUGAUGUUCUGCCCUUAUUCUAAGGAUAGGAUACAAUUACAUUAAGCAUUAUUACUGUUUGACCAGAUUUUUUUCUAUACCAAAUAUAUUUUUAUAUUUAUACAAAGUAUUAAAGAUUUGUAAUACAGAGUGAAUGUCAAAUGUACAGAUAAACACAUAGAGGUCUAUGUAGUGUUUAGUAAGUUAGCAGCACUGACAUUCAGUUUUUCAUUAGUAACAUUUUAAGUUAAAAAUAUGUCCACAUAGCAGUAUGUACAAAUACUUCUUACAAUCCAAAUAUUUGAUGCAGUUAAAAAAAAAGGACAAAAAAAAAAAAAAAACAAAAGUAGCCAAAGAAUAAAUAAAAAAACAAAAAAAAACAGAAAUGGCUUAAAUUAAAUUUGUUGCCAAAGAUUUUGGUUGUAUUUUUGCAUUAUCAAUUUUUAUGUUUGCAUUUACUCUCUGGCCACUAUUAAUAACUAUAACCUGCAUUUAAUCCACUUUUAUUUGUAAACAUGUCUUGUUUCUAUAGUUUUUAUAUUCUUAUACAUUUUAGCUGUCAAUUAUUUAGCAGAACUGAUUUCCAUUUUUGUAAGCUCACGUCUGUGUUUGUAAUUUAUUUGAGCAUUCCACUCUAAGUUUAUCAGCAUUGUGUAUGGUUUUUUAAACAAUGGAUCUUUUCAAUUUUGUAAUAAUUCAAAUUAUAACUUAAUAAACUUCUGUAAAAUUAAAUAUUUUAUACAUCAAGUUAUUGCAACAUUCCAAGAAAUCAUGAACCCAUUCUACAUUGUCAUGAGUUUGUUGUUAGUAAUCCUAUUACAACAUUCCAUCAGAGAAGUAAGUGCCCAAGUGAUAUUACAGUUCAGUCCUGGGCUGCAUAUUGAUUGUAAUUAUUGGGACACUUAUAGGUCAUGAUUGCUACAUAUUGACUGUUGUAUUUGGGACUUUAAAGAUAAUCCCAGACCAGGAGUGCUUCAUACUGACUAAUGUUUUUGACUUGUUUGUUAGUCCAAGGCCAGGAGAACUAUAUACUAUAUGUAAUGUUUGGGAUUAUUAUUAUUUUUACCUUUGUGCUGUGUGUGUGUGUGUAAAUAAUAUGGUCUGUCAUUAUUGUUCAUAUUCAUCCCAGACUUAAGAUCUUGUCUGUUUAUUUAUGCCCUCUUGUUAGGCUGUUUUAUUAUCAUUCAAUGCCUAUGCAGAUAAGCUCUUUGUGUACACUGUGAAUGACAUUUUGUAAUUAAAGAAUUUUUUCUCAAGUUUUAUUCAGAGUUUAAGAAAGGUAUCACGUAUUUGCAUAUAUGUUUUAUUUAACUACAUAGUAUUCUGUUUAGUGACUGACUUGAAUGCAACGUUUAAGCAGACCAAAUUUAUUUCAUAAUUUCUGUAUUAUAAACUGACCAAAGCAGUUUGAGCGACACAGGGUAUACCGUCAUAAUAUUGAUUUCUUCUAGUGGUAUUGUAAGUAGCCUAUGUUUUGACUGUGUUAUUUUCGUAUUUAGUGAGAUGUUUAAAAUGUAUCGAAUUUUGCCUGACAUAUAAUACAUUCAGUCUCUAUAUAGUAUGCAAUGGAAUAUGUACACCAAGAUAUUUUACUCAAAAUUUGUUCUUCCUAAUUGUGUGAGCCUCAAUAUCAGCAUUUCAAACUCAGACUUGAGCUGUUUAUAUCAAAGAUUAUGACGCUAGGAUGAAAGCUAUGGAUAGGAAAAAAAUAUAAAAAUUUCAGAGGCUUUACAAGAAACGUUUGUAAUGUUUCUUGCAGAAGUUAACAUCAUGAAGUCCCCAAUGAGGAAACUAAGCAGUCUUCAUGUAACAUUAGGUAGUUUUCAUUUCGUUGAUAGUAAACUUUAUUUUUUUCUCUCAGGGGGGUUCUAGAUCAAGUCCAGCCCAACCUGGCAACAUGACUUUCUCUUUUCCGCGGGAUAAACGUUCUUUUUACAAAGCUUAUAUCAACUGUUUCAGUCUGUCUGUCUGCUUUGCACACGUGAUUUCUACCACACCCAAUCUCGGAUCAAGUCGAAGUUUUGUGCAAUUAUUUUUUUUUUACCGGACAAAAAACAAACAUCAAUUUCAAACAUUUUGAACAAGUUUUUUUU